AGUCAUGACUUACGAAUUUAUAUUUAGACUCUCUCCUUCCAAGACACACCGAAUCAUACAGAAUUUCAGCCAUGAGCAACUUUUCCACUAUCAUUGAGAGAUGGUGGCUGGUCACCUUUGUAAGCUUCAUGGUAAUUCUCUUUGUCUUCCUCAAUAACGGCCCCAGCAGCACCAACACUUCAGUUCUUCAGAACCUACCGAGACCAUUAACAACUUCAAUUGACUUUCCCAAUACGGUGAACGUGCAAUAUCCCAACCCUCAAAACUUCAACCCCAACAGCGAACAAGCCACUUCUCGCUUUCCUAUGUCCAAUUUACCAUCUUGCAUUCCUUUGAAUUUUACCAGCACUAAUGUGGAACCGGAAAAAUCCUCUCAGGUUACCAUGUCAGAGUUGAAAAUUCCAGAAGCAGAGAAAUCUUCUACUCAGGUUCCGCAGUGGCAGAAUCCAAAGCCAUCAUACCUCAUUGGAAAUGUUGAACAAGAAAAAUCUGCUCAACAGUUUCCUGUUUCCAACUCAGAAACUUCAAGGUUAAAUGUCCAGGCUCCGCAGUGGCAGAAUUCAAAGCCAUCAUACUCCAGUACUGGAAAUGUUGAACCUGAAAAAUCUGCUCAACAGGUUCCUGUUUCCAACUGGGAAAAUUCAAGGUCAUUAACCUUAAAUAAUCAGAUUCCGAGAACGGAAUUGCAGAAUUCAGAACCAUCAAGAUUAAAUGUUCAGGUUCCGAAGACGAAAUUGCAGAAUUCAGAACCAUCAAUCGAGAGUGAUAACGUCGAGGAAGAAAUUGCAAUGGAGGAAAACAAAUGUGAUAUCUUUGAUGGAAAAUGGGUGUAUGAUCCUCAGACAAGUCCUAUGUACGACCCUACAAUAUGUGAUUCUUUUCUUAGCGACACUGUGAACUGCCGGAGGCAUGGGCGGUCAGACAGAGAGUAUGAAAAAUGGAGAUGGGAAGCUAAAGAUUGUAAGAUUCCAAGGUUAAAUGCCCACGAUAUGCUGGAGAGACUAAGAGGGAAGCGAGUUAUACUGGUGGGAGAUUCAAUCAACCAUAGCCAAUGGGAAUCUCUUGCUUGCCUUCUUUACUCUACUAUUCCUAAUCAAUCCAGUGUUACAAGACCAGGAUGGACCUUUAAGUCAGAGGCAUAUGACCUCAGCGUUGAGUUCCAUUGGUCCAAUUUCUUGGUGGAAUUAGAAGUGAACCGAACAACAGGAAAAAGUAUUUUGAAACUUGACAGAGUUAGCCCUGGUGCUCGCAAAUGGGUUGGUGCGGAUAUUAUGGUGUUCAACACAGGCCACUGGUGGGCGAACCGGAAAAGAUGGGACUGGUUUCAGUACAAGAGGAAAGUGUUCGAGGAUAUGAAGCUGGAAACAGCAUUCAGAGUGGCAAUGAAGACUUGGGCACGGUGGAUCGAGAAGAACGUGGACACAAGCAAAACUAGAGUGUUUUUCCGUGGAUUUUCGGCAUCUCAUUUUGGAAAGCACUGGUGUUAUGGAGAAACAAUGCCUAUAAUGGAUGAGUCCUACAAGUUGACAUUCGGGAAGUCGUUGAAGGAAAUUGUGGAGAGGACAAUUUCAGCCUUGAAAAUUCCGGUUAAGUACUUGAACAUCACCAAGCUGACUCAGUACCGGGUUGAUGCUCAUUCCUCGAUUUAUAAAACACCGAAUGCAAAGCAACUGAUAGCAAGCGGACGGGAGAAGCCACAGAUGCUGGCGGAUUGCAGCCACUGGUGUGUACCUGGUGUACCGGAUACAUGGAACCAUCUGCUCUACGCUUCUAUGGUCUUGGAUAGCCGCCCAAGGCGCACCGCUUUGAAUAAACUGAUUUGAUUAGUUUCAUAUUCUUACUUUGGAAAAAAAAUAAAAAAACCGGGUAUUUCCGUUCGGAAGAAGUAAUUAAUACUUGGGCAAGUA